CCAUUGAAAUUAUCAUAGAGAUAAAACCAUUUCACAAUGGAUAAUAAAAUAUGUGGAAGAGACCGUACAAAAACAAGAAGUCAAACCUAUGAAAUUAACCAAAUCCGUUAUUUGAAGAGCCGUUUAAAUUAGCAUCAUCCUCCGUCCAAAAAACAUCACUCCAAGAAGUUGGAAAACUGUAACACACACCCAAAAUCAAAGCCCCCAUUUUUCAAUAUCGGAUUUCAUUUCUGUUUCUUCACCUUCUUCUUCCCCAAGAUUUCUCACCUCAAACAAAUCAAUCCCAGUUCCCCAUUUUCAUCCGCCAUGUCGGCGUUGCCAUCUGCGGCGGAGGCCAGGGAAUUUCACUCCGAUGAAGCGUUCGAAAGUGAGUUCAGCAAUUACAGAUACAGCAGCAGCAUAAGCGAGAUUGAGGACGAGAAUUCGGCAGAGACGUUAGACACUAAAGGAAAAAAGGUCUCGGCGGCGGCGUUAGAGAGUAUUAGAGAAGAUUACAGUGGUGGGUGUUCCUUCUCGUCGGAUGCUCUGAAAUGGGAGGAUUGUGUUUAUGUUGGAGUUGGGAAAAGCGAUUCCAGUAUGGAAGCUCUUCAAUGGACGCUCAAGAACGCCAUUACAACUUCCACCACUGUUGUUUAUCUCUUACAUGUCUUCCCUGAGAUACGUUACAUUCCCAGCCCAUUGGGAAAGAUUCCAAUUAAUCAGGUGAGUAAACAACAAGUGGCUAUCCAUGUAGCCCAAGAAGAAAGCAAAAGAAAGGAUUUUCUUCAGAAUUUUAUUGAUUCCUGUUCUGCUGCUAAGGUUAAGGCAGAUACUGUACUGAUUGAAAGUGACAUGGUGGCAAGGGCAAUUUUGGAUGUUAUACCAAUUCUCAACAUAAGGAAGCUAGUCCUUGGAGUCAACAAAUCCAGGAAGUUGAGAUCUCGAGGGGGGAGUGGAAUAGCUAAUGAGAUACUUCAGAAAGCUCCGGAAUUUUGCGAGGUAAAGGUUGUUUGUGAAGGGAAAGAAAUGAGCCAACUGGGUGGAUCGCCCUCUCCUCUCUCUUCACCUCGCUACCAAGAUGAUAGCUUCAAGGACAAUAAUAAUCCUAAUUCCAGCAUUAUAGAAGCAGAACAACGAAACAAUUCAAUUUCUUGCAUGUGUUUUAAGACUAGGUUUGUCUGAGCAACAUGUACAUCAAGUACAUUACAAUCUCUUGUCCCUAAUAUUGUGUAGCUUUUUUGAUACCAAUGUUCUUUGGUGUCUUCUGCCUAUAAAGGUUCAAAGUUUGUAUUCUCGAUUUCUAUGUAACAGUACUUCAAUGAGAUUAGAUGAAUGCAAAAGAUUGUUCCUAUGGA